AUGGAGAUGAGAGAGUUGACUGUGGUAGCUGGUAGCUUUGUGGGUUUCCAGCUACUCUUCUCUCUGGCCAGUCCUGUUCUCUCUUCAGCCAUCUCUCCAAGUUAUGGAUUACUGCCUCCGACCAAACACACAGAAUGGAACUCAAGGUUGGUGUCGACCGUUCACGCUCUGGUUGUAGGAUUCUUUUGCUUAUACAUUCUAUGCUUCGAUGACGCGGUCAACGCCAAUCCUGUCUGGGGGGACCCCAGUUUGGUGAAGUUAAAUGUAGCCAUAACCUGUGGUUACCUGCUGUAUGAUUUGCUGCUGCUGGCAUGUAAUUGGAGCACUAUGGGAGACAAAUUUUUUGUCUGUCACCACUUGGCGGCGCUCUAUGCAUACGGAUAUGUGCUGACACGCGGCGUGCUGCCUUACUUUGCCAACUUUCGUCUUAUUUCAGAACUAUCCACACCCUUUGUGAACCAAAGGUGGUUCUUUGAAGCAUUAAAAUACCCCCGUUCAAACAGGAUGGUGGUAGUAAAUGGCGUCGCUAUGGCAGUGGUCUUUUUUCUGGUACGGAUUGCUGUCAUGCCGUCCUAUUGGGUAAGCGUAUUUGCCACAUUUGGCACCGAAGACUUUGAGCGCCUGGGUUUGGGUGCCCAGGUAGCUUGGAUCACCUCCUGCGUAGCCCUGGAUAUCUUGAACACUAUCUGGAUGUUUAAGAUAACUCGAGGUUGCUACAAAGUAUUGGCCAUAUCGAAAGGUCGGAAAGAUAAAACAGAGGCAUCUCCCUGCUUGACCAAGAAAAAACAUGCAAACAACCACACAGACUAA